AUGAAGUAUCCGUGGCUAUGGCGGUUUCUGCCCUUGGCACUGCUACUACUGCAGGCACUUGUGGCAGACGCUCAAAUCCAGUCGAAUGAUGAACCCGCAUCAGCAGAUAUCGCCCAUGGACAAUACCCGCUUGGAGCUCAAUCAUCUGGCGAUCCCGAGGAGACAGACACCCGCCCUGCGAAUGGUAAUUACAUGCAGAAACAACUUGUUAAUUUCUUGUUCAUCACGGCUGACUUAUAUGGUAUUUUUCCGCUGGUAGAACAUGUUGAAUUGGCUCUCAAAAUCCUUCGUGAAUCGAAGAUCGCCGUCGUUCAGACCGAGAAGCCAUCUGGUCUCGUGGGAUACGGGGUACAUUAUGCACAGGAAGCAUUUCGGAUUUUAUUCAUGAAUGGACCUCGACCGGAUUCGACUGAAAAGAAAAUCAACCCGAAUGUCGUCAGGGCCGUGAACGAAUUGAAAAUUGCUGCGCAGGAGGACGAGGACCCCGAUGCGAUCUUUCUAUUAGCGGAGAUGAACUUCUACGGCAACUUCACCCACCCAAGAGAUUUCAAAGCGGCAUUCAAGUGGUAUCAAGAGCUUGCAUCGUUGACCGGGAAUAGUACGGCACAGUAUAUGGUUGGCUUUAUGUAUGCGACGGGAUUCGGAAACGGAGUUGAGCGCGACCAGGCAAAGGCACUGAUGUACCAUGUUUUUGCUGCUGAAGGGGGGAAUACGAGGUCAGAAAUGACGCUCGCAUACCGCAACCAUGCCGGCAUCGGGGCUCCUAGAAAUUGCGACGAAGCAACAUACUACUACAAGAAAGUGGCAGACAAAGCUAUUCAGUACUAUCGAUCUGGACCUCCUGGUGGUCACAGUUUGACCCGGGAAUCAUACAGAUGGGCAGAUGAGGAAGGGGGUGUCUAUGGUGAAGGUGCUAGUGUGUCGAGCUCUGGACCCAACGCGCUGCGCGAUGGAUCACAUUCGAGCAACGAAGCUAGCUUGGAAGAUGUUUUGGAAUAUUUGGAUCUUAUGUCCCGAAAAGGAGAGUUGAAGGCUACUUUCAGUCUGGGAAAGAUGCACUAUGAGGGGGCUAAGGGUUUGCCCCGGAGUUUCCGCAAGGCCAUGAAGUAUUUCAAACUGGUUACAAAGAGAUACUGGAACAAGGAUGGCUCAGUUAACCCAAGUCACCCAAUGGGCAUUGAAAAGCUGGCUUCCAAAGCGGCAGGUCACAUAGGGAUGAUGUACCUUCGUGGAGAGGGCGUGGAGCAAAACUUCGCUACGGCUCUCACUUGGCUGAAGCGCGGUUUGCCUAAUGGGGAUUCUCUUUGCCAGUAUCAAAUUGGGCUGAUGUAUCUUCAUGGAUACGGCGUUCCUCAGGACGCAUUUAAAGCUUCAUCAUAUUUCAAAGCAGCUGCUGACCAGGACUUUCCGGCAGCGGAGACUAGACUGGGUGCUCUGUUUCUGGACCAAGGGGACAUAGCUACCGCCACCAAAUAUUUCGAGUUGGCUGCGCGCUGGGGAUGGAUGGAAGCUUUUUAUUAUCUGGCGGAAAUUUCUAACAACGGUGUUGGAAGGGAACGACACUGUGGGAUGGCCGCAGCUUAUUACAAGAUGGUCUCUGAGCGAGCUGAGGUGAUCCACUCCUCCUUUGCUGAAUCAAAUGCUGCGUAUGAGAACGGCGACAAAGAACGUGCAUUAAUUGCGGCGACUAUGGCCGCAGAGCAAGGGUACGAAAAUGCCCAGUCAAACGUGGCGUAUCUUCUUGACGAGCAGCGCUCUUUGGUGCCUCUCGACUCUAUCCUCCCUUGGGGCCAGAAGCCUCGACCAUCUCUGCUUCGAAAUGCAGCUCUGGCUUUAAUCUACUGGACUCGAUCGUCCAAGCAAGCAAACAUCGAUUCUUUGAUCAAAAUGGGCGACUAUUAUCUCUCUGGAGCUGGGAUUGCAGCAGAUGCAGAAAAGGCUUCUGUUUGCUACCACACCGCAGCUGAAGCUCACCAUAGUGCACAGGCUUAUUGGAAUCUUGGCUGGAUGCAUGAGAAUGGUGUUGCUGUCCAGCAGGAUUUCCACAUGGCUAAAAGAUACUAUGAUCUAGCUCUUGAGACAAACCAAGAAGCGUAUCUGCCGGUAAAGCUAAGCUUGAUAAAGCUUCGGAUGCGCGCAUACUGGAACAGAAUCACUAAUGGAGAUAUCAACCCAAUCCAAGAGGAAGAAGUAUCGAAACCACGUCGAACAUUCAAGGAGUGGAUCGCGGCAUUUAUCGAAAAUGACGAGGAGGAGGAAGCUAAUUACCGCGCUCAAAUGUACAAACAUGAUGAAGACGAUGAUUUUCUCGCGAGCAACGGGGAUUCCCGUCGAUUGGACGGGGAGAACCGCCACGAAGAUGGCUAUUACGACGACCUGGAACUCGAAAUCGAUGAGAGCGUUUUGGAAGGCUUGAUCAUCGUCUCUCUGGCUGCCACCUUGCUAGUGCUUGUAUACAUGAGACAGCAACGGAAUAGACAAAGACCAAACGAGAACGGGGCCCCUGCAGGUGCAAACCCAGCGAAUCCAGGCGAUGGGAACGAUCGUGGGUUUUUCCCGCGGCCUGGAGAGCCGGAAUUCGCCCAGUGGGUGGCAGGUGGAGUAGGACAUUGA